ACAAUCAUGUCUUCUGUUCCAUUUGUAUUGAAGUCUGGUUGAAGAAUAAUAAUCAGUGCCCAGCUUGCAGGAUUCCCAUCACACCUGAAAAUCCAUGCAAGGAAAUUAUAGGUAAGGACAACUGGAGGCUUUGAAAUAAUGUUUACUGCUGGAGGACAUUCUUUUGGGUCCAAAGAUGUCUGGGUAUUUUUUCCAUCAAAGCAUGAUCUGCCUGGAAGCAUGCGUAAUAACUAUAAGAUAAAAAUUUCAAAGGCUGUGCAUAAUAAUGACUUGAUUAUUCAAAGGCAGAAAGCACCCCACCACUGCAGUUAUUUUUUCUUUUGUAAUCUUGGGUUGGACAAUGACUUUAAGUGGAUAAAAUGAAUCUCACUUCAAGUAUCUUACCUGUGUGUUGCAGUUUGACCUAAGAGGAUAUCUUAUCUCAGCAUCUAGCCGAGAAAUUGUGUACUUAAAUCCACAAUCUUAGAAGUCUAUACUUUUUUUUUUUCAAAUAUUGGUUGUUUUUAUGUUUUUGUUUACCAUGUCUUUUUUGCUUUAUUUUUAAGAAAAUGUCAAAGGUGCCUAAGAAAGACAAAGCUACGAAACUUGAAUGAGGAUACAAACUUCCUCAGGGCUGAGAAAUACUGGAAUCUUGACUUGACAUAAAAUACUAACAUUGCUAUAUAUAAAUAUAUAAAAUAAAUAUAUCUGAACAGCCUUUAGAAAAAUAUGCUGUCGUGUGCUAAAUAAAUGUACGUGUGUUGGUUUUUAUUGUGUACUUUUCUUCCUUUCUGUACUGGUUUUGGCCAGGAUACAGCUCACUUUCUUUCUAGGAGCUGAUGUAGUGCAGCGUUGUUGAUUUAGGAAGAGAAUGAUAUUGAUAACAUACUGAUGUGUUAGUUGUUGCUGAGUAGUACUUAUACUAAAUCAAAGACUUUUCAGCUUCUUGUGCUGCCUCAGCUGUGAGAAGCUGGGAGUGCACAGGGAGCUGAGAGGGAACAGAGCCAGGACAGCUGACCUAAACUGGCCAAAGGGAUAUCCUAUACCAUAUGACAUCAUACUGAACAAUAAAACUAGGGCUGCCCUGGGCAGGGGUUUCCUCUGGGAACUGGCUGGACAGCAGUCGAUGAAUGUUGAGCUGUUGUGUUGUGCAUCAUUUGUUUUAUAUAUUCUUAUUAUAUGUUUAUUAAUGCUGUUAUUAUUAUUUUCUCUUCCUUUUCUGUCCUGUAUAAUGGUCUUUAUUUCAAUCCACAGGUUUCUUUUUUUUUUCCUCAUUCUCUCUCCCAUCCCACUGAGAAUUGGAGAGUGAGUGAACAGCUGCAUGGUGCUGAGCUGCCUGCUGGGUUAAACUACAAUAAUCCUUUUGGUGCCCAGCAUAGGGCUCAAAGGGCUGAGAUAAUGACAGAUCUGACUGGAACAUAUAAACACAAAUUUGUCAUAAUAUUGAUUUUCCUAAUCGUCAAGUUCUGUUGUGUAGCACCUUACUUGCUGUAUAUUAAAGUUAUCAUUUUGCUGUACUGUAUAAUACUGGCCUGUGUUCUGACAAGAUUACCAGUUGUGAGACUAAUCUGUUUUUUGUAGUCAGCAUUGCUGUCAUUUCCAUAUUUCAUGAUCCAUCUUUCAGAAACUAUUAACAAUUAACACUUUUUACUCCUCAGGGAGCCAGUCUAUAGUGGAGGUAAGAGGGACACUUUCCUCUGUACCUUCAGCCCUCUCUUUCUCCUUCUCUUCUAGGCCAGUUAAGUAGAUCUUGAGAAUGUUGAGUGUUCUUGGAAUGUUCAGACCAGCAUGUUCCUAUUACUUUGUCUCCUGAUUGUGUUCCAGGUCUUGUUUAAGGUUAAACAACUAUCUACAAAUAUCUCCCAGGAUCUGUUUCUGGGCUGGAUGGUUAUGAGUGUAGGAUGGAAUGGGCAGGCACCUGGAAUGGUGGGCACCCCCAUUGUUUUGGAACUUCUUCCUUGAACAAAUGCAGGGUCCUUAAAAACUGGUAAAAUGUUUGAAAAAGGUGUGCUAUCGCCCUGGCAAUUCCAAGGAGACACAAAUCACUGCAAUAUACAGGAGCUGAGUCUAUGCCUGUCGAGCUGCACUUAACACUGCUCUAACCCCUGCAACAUGUCAUGCAGCUGAACUGGAAAACCGACCCAUGUAGAUAUCAGUUGUGCUUGUAGACAAGGCGAAACAAUGGAUGCUAAAGUCUCAUUUAGUAAGGAAAGAAACUCCUAUGAAGAAGAGAAAGGAGAAGAAAGUGGAUAAGACAGGCUACUGUGAAGCAGAGCCAUCAUAAGAACCGGAGGAGGAAGAGGCAGUGGUUAUAAAUAAGACAAAAACCACCAAAUGCCUAUCCCUACAUGAGUUACGUGAAAAGAUUUCAGCUGUCAACAAGGUGAGCACAUUGUCACCUGUCUGCUCUGAGGCUGGGAUAAUGGGGCCAGGAGUCUAGAUUUAGUGAGCUGCAAAGCCGGGCAUUUGGGAUGCUUCUCUAUGGAAGGGGACAUUGACAAAACAAUUGGAAAAUGGGAACAAACACUCAUCCUCUGGAAGUGACUCCUGUCAGCACUUCAAGAAUGAUUAUUCCAAGAUUCCCAUUCAUCAGCUGAUUAAUCAACAGGGGAGCCAAGCAGUCACGAACCAGACUCCCUUGCCCUUCAGUAGUCCCAUAUGGCCAUUGCAGAAGUCCAGUGGAGUGUGGAAGCUGACAGUGGAUUAUCAUGGCCUGAGUGAAGUCGUGCCACCGCUGAGUGCUGAUGUACGAGACAUGCUAGAACUACUGUGUGAGCUGGAGUCAAAUGCAACCAAGUGGAGGAACAAGUGAAAGUGAUCCUACAUUUAGUCCAACAGUUAGGAAGCACCUACGUAAAACGAGGCUUGAAUUGCUCCACAAAGAAUAUGAGGAUGAAAUAGAAUCCCUGCAAAAAGAAGUGGAAGAGCUGAGAGACAGAAAUCUCAAUUUACAGACGCAACUGAAAUCUCUUCUGGAUCCCACAGUACCACCUUUGUGUUACCAAAAUGAAGAAACUAGCCAAUCAGCAGAUGAAGCAAGUACCAGUGGCCCAGAAACCCCAGAAGAAUGGAGCAAAAAGCUGAAAGCUGCCAAUGAUAUAUGUGAAAAAGUGAUAGAUAAUGUAGAAAAGUUAAAGGAGGCAAAUAGGAAACUGAGCAUGGAGAACAAUAGCCUUUUAAGAGAGAAUUUGCGACUAAAAGCUGAAGUUGAUAGUAGAUCACCCCAAAAGUUUGGUAGGUUUACCAUAGCUGCGCUGCAGUCCAAAGUAGAACAAAGCGAACGUGAAAUGAACCGUCUAAAAAAGGCACUGGAAAGAAGUGAUAAGUAUAUAGAGGAAAUGGAGUGUCAGCUUUUACAGCUGAAAAGUGCAGGUGAAGGAACUCAGACCAUAAGUGCUGUUAGCGAACAAGCACUUUCUGCAGAUGCUAAAGGAACUGAGAGCAAUGAAGAUACUACAUGUUCAAAAACCCAGGCUGAGGAGAAAAAAGCUGUGACUACCAGCCAGAGUCCUGACAAUCUUGAACAGCUAGCAGACAGUGGAACAUGUUCAAACUCUUUGAGUCAGGAUGGUUCAGAUGGUUCAAAUACCCAGAGUAUCCAAAAGAAAGAAUUGUUUCCAGGAUGUCAGGGAGUCCAUCUGGAUGAAAAUAGUACAAGUAUGGAUACUUGCUUAGAACAGCAGUGGAAUAAAAUUGAGGAAUGUACCCCAUAUAAGGAUGAAGAACUUUAUGAUCUUCCGGCACCAUGCACUCCUUUUCUGUCCCUUAGUCGCCUUCAGUUGAACACUCCUGAUGGAAAAGAAAACAUGGAGAAAACGUCAACAUUCUUGAGAAAGCUGAAAUUUGAAGAGUUUUGUGACACUUCGGAUGACUGCAGCAAAGAUUCUCGAGAGCACAAUACAAGCAGUGAAAAGAAGCUAAAUUGCUUUUCUGUGGGAAAGUCAGGUUUUUGGGGCACUGGCCCAAAUAGGUUCACAGACAACUUAGAUUUCGAUGAAUCAGCGCAAAAUUCAACAGCUGGUCAGUCAGAUGAAUCGUCAGCAAAGUCCAGUGAUAAAACAAGUUCAUGCUUGCCUAAAAGGUUACAUACUCUCUGCUCUUCGGAAAUGAAUCGCACAAGAACCUCCAGUGAGGCAUCUAUGGAUGCUGCCUACCUUGAUAAAAUUUCUGAGCUGGACUCGAUGAUGUCUGAAUCAGACAAUAGCAAGAGUCCAUGCUAUAAUUUUAAGUCCUCUGAUCUUGAUAAUUCUUCAAAGUCAACAGAGGGCUCUAAGCUUCUGGAUGAAGCUGAGAAGAAACUGGAAGGGAUGAAUGAAGAACAGAGUAUGAAGUGCUCAGAAACAAGCGACCUAUCAGUUCUAUCAGUUGACAGAACUGGAUGGAAACCUGCCAUGUUUUCUGUCCUAUCCCCAUCUAGACUAGAUGUGAAUGACCACUUUCCACUAUUUACAGGCCCAAAUGUAGUAGCUAGUGAAAUCAAACCUCCAAACUGCUUGUUUCAAAGAGAGUUUUCCCAGAGCCUGCUAUUCAGUAACUCCCAGAGGCUGUUUGAGGAACAAAAGUUUGAAUCAUGCUUUUUAAAGAUGUCAUCUGACCUACACAAUCAACUUAACCCUCCUUGGGUGCCUUCCUUUAUUGCUGAAAAGAAAAAUAAAAAUGCCAGUCAGUCGACCAAGAGGAAAAUUCAGAGCAGCCUUUCCAGUGCUAGUCCGUCAAAAACUACCAAAAACUGAUUCUGUGUGGAAAUCAAAUGUGGCUCAAAGUCAUCAAACUGCAAAUGUUUAGUAUUUACCAAGUGAACUUGCUUUUUUUUAACGAUUUCCCUGGAGUCUGAUCCUGCUUUCUUCUGACUGAAUGAAAACUGAACAUUCCAUUGCCCAUUACAAGCUCUUUCCUAGGAAAGAACCAUUCCAGAUCUCUUCUUUGGCUGGAACAUUUUGUUUACUUGGAAUUUUUAUGGUGUGUUUUUUUUCUUCUGAAUUUUCAAGUUUCAUGAUCUUCCAGUUGCUAGCACAGUGUAUGGCUCCCUUGAGCAGGCCAGUUUUAAGUGAUCCUGUCAAAUCAGUCAUUUAUUAAGAACUUGCUGUAAAGGUUACAUUUUCCUUUCACAUUUUGUGCGUGCAAGGCAGCUACUGGCUAUAUAUCCUAUGGAUUCAUGAAAUUGCUAUAAAACAAUGUCCGUUUUGCCAUAAAACUUGCCUCCAAGAGGAAAUCUCGCUGCUUAGAUUGUUUCAUGGCACUGUACUGUACCAGAACUCUUGUUUUACGUAGGUAUAAGGUAGCAGCCUUUUUCAUUUCAGGGUUGCAGUAGUUCAGUUAGAAAACAUCGCUUCUUUAACACUGCAAAUAUGGCUUGUAUUUUUUGAAGUUAAGCACAAUUUUUAAUUUAGUUCCCAAAAAGGGUUGUUAUUCUAAAUGUGUUCAGUAUGCCUGCGUAGACCAUAAAAAUGGGUUUGUAUGCUAAUGACUUGUUUAUCUAAUGUGCACUGAACAUUUUACAUUAAUACUGUACCAUUUUACAUUAAUACUGCAUGCUUUUCUAUGUGAAUUGAAUAAAACAUGUUAUAAGCAAUGUAAUCCUUGAUGUUCUCUCUCAAAUGUAGUAUUAGCAAAAAGGAAAAAAAGGAAUUGAGAAACUUUUUUUUUUUUCCAUAAUUUGGAAGAUAACCUGAGUUUUGUUAAAUGUAAAUGUAAGCUUGUUCACAAAAAAUAAAAUCUCCCUUUCUCCUC